AGUAGAUUGACGCACAUUCGCCAAGACUUUAUCUAGAUGGACAUUGUGAGACCGGGCUUCAGGCAAAGACAUUUGAAACAGAGUUUUUUCCGCUGGAUGAAGUGCGGCCAACAAUUCCCGAGGGUCGUGCUCGUUGGCGUCGAACUUCCGAAAAUUGUCCCCAUGCCACUUGAAACGGAGGGCUGCAGGUUAGGGCGAGAUGGAGAGCAGAAGCAGAAGAUCUAA